CGGACCCUUUCGGACGGCUCGGGCGCCACAGCCAGUGGGCUCACGCCUCCCCGGUUUCUCCUCCCACCUCCCAGGAUCCAACCCGGGAAUCGAAACUGCACGGUGGUCCACGCAGCAGGAGUCCGCGCCCUCCAAUGCUCCGGGGGCCCCAGCAGGACCUCGCCCUGCCGCACGCGCCCACCAUGUCUCCCCCGAACUCCCCCCCAGAAGACCACGAGCCCGGCCCCAGUCACAGCCCCGCGGAGCAAGGUGCAGAGGAGUUCCAGUUCCUGCGCUGCCAGGCCUGCAAGGCUGAAGCCAAGUGCCCCAAGCUGCUGUCUUGCCUACACACACUGUGUUCACGAUGCCUGGAGGAACGAGGCAUGCAGUGCCCCAUCUGCUGUGUUCUGGAGACCCCAGGCUCCGGUGCUGCGGUCCCGGCCCUGAAUAAUACCUUCUUUGAGAGUCUGCAGGGGCGCCUGUCGGUGUACCGGCAGAUCGUGGACGCGCAGGCACUUUGCACCCGCUGCAAAGAAGCUGCCGACUUCUGGUGCUUCGAGUGCGAGCACCUGCUCUGCGCCAAGUGCUUCGAGGCGCACCAGUGGUUCCUAAAGCACGAAGCCCAGCGACUGGCGGAGCUGCGCAGCCAGUCCGUGUGCGAGUUCCUGGACGGCACGCGCAAGUCCAACAACAUCUACUGCUCCAACCCCAACCACCGCACCCCUGCACUGACCAGCAUCUACUGCCGAGGCUGCUCCAAGCCGCUGUGCUGCUCCUGCGCGCUUCUGGACAGCGGCCACGGUGACCUUAUGAGUGACAUCAGCACGGAGAUCCAGCAGCGGCAGUCUGAACUGGAUGGCAUGACGCACGCGCUGCGGGAGCAGGAUGGCGCCUUUGGUGCUGCGCAUGCGCAGGUGCACGCGGCCAUAGACCAGCUGGACCAGGCGCGGAGGGACACUGAGGAGCUGAUCCGCCAGGGCGUGCGCCAGCUGUUGGCUCACGUGCAGGCGCAGGAACGCGAGCUGCUCCAGGCGGUGGAAGCGCGCUACCAUCGUGACCGCAGAGAGCUGGACAGCCGGAUGGGCCGUCUGGACACCGUGCUGCAACGAAUCCGCACCGGCAGCACGCUGGUGGAGAGGAUGAAGCGCUAUGCCUCGGACCAGGAGGUGCUGGACAUGCACAGCUUCCUGCGCCAGGCACUCUGCAGCCUAAGGCAGGAAGAGCCACAGAGCCUGCAAGCGCCGGUGUGCACCGACGGCUUCAAAGAGUUCAAGGCCCGCUUGCAGAGCCUCAGCUCUUGUGUCAUGGAGGGGAAAGAUGCAGCUCCGUCCAGGAGAGCCAGCCCUGAGGCUGCCAGCACUCCCAGGGACCCUAUUGACAUUGACCCGCCCGAGAAGGUGCAGAGGGUACAGGCCCAGGGCCAGGGGCCGGCCGAGGCCCAGUCUGUGGCUGUAGUCCAGCCAGUGCCCGGGGCACACCCUGUGCCCGUGUUUGCCUUCUCCAUCAAAGAGCCCUCCUGCGGAGAGAUCUCCCACACGACCACAUCCCAGAAGAGGAAGUCCUGCCAGACCCAGAGCCCCAGGAAGGUCAUCAAGAUGGAGUCUGAGGAGGAGAGGGAGGCCAGGUUGGCACGGAGCCCCUCCGUGCAGCCCAGGCCCAGCACCUCCAAAGCAGUCUCACCCUUCCGCCUUGAUGGACCCACCAGCCCCGGGCAUCCCACGGUGGGAGACGAAGUCUCCUUGCCCAGCAGCAACCACCUGGCCAGCACCGCUGGGGAGGAGGCAGAGGAGCGCAUCGUGGUGAUCAGCAGCUCGGAAGACUCCGAUGUUGACAACCCGUGCUCCCAGGAGCCGGAGGACAGCAGCAGUGAGGCCAGCGACCUCCAGCUGGAGGGCCCCGACUCCUUCAGGGUCCUGGACGAGAGCCUCGCCGACCCCCAAGAGGAAGACAGGCCCCUGGUUUUCUUUGACAUCAAGAUUGACAAUGAAACCCAGAAGAUUAGCCAGCUGGCAGCCGUGAGCCGGGAAAGCAGGUUCCGGGUGCUCAUCCACACCGAGGCCUUCGGCGUCCACUCCAAGGCUGUCUCCCUGGAGACGGGCCUGCAGCACUUCCUCGGCUUCCUAGGUGCCAUGCACUGCCCCAUCCUGGCCUGCUAUAAGCUGUGGGGGCCCGGCCUCCCCAAUUUCUUCCAGGCCCUGGAGGACAUGAACAGGCUGUGGGAAUUCAGGGAGGCCGUCUCCGGCUUCCUGGCUGUCCUGCCCCUCAUCCGGGAACGUGUGCCAGGAGCCAGCAGCUUCCAGCUCAAGAGCCUGGCCAAGACCUACCUGGCCAGGAACGUGAGCGAGCGCAGCGCACUGGCCGCCGUGCUGGCCAUGCGUGACCUGUGCCGCCUCCUGGAGGUUUCUCCCGGCCCCCAGCUGGCCCUGCACGUCUACCCGGUCACCAGCCUCCAGUGCUUUGCCUCCCUGCAGCCGCUGGUACGGGCGGCCGUUCUGCUGCGGGCCCAGGCCCGCCUCCUAGCCCUGCACAACGUCAGCUUCCGGGAGCUGCUGGCCGCACACCGCCGUGACCCCCAGGGGGGCUUGAAGCGGUACUGCCGCUACCUGAGCCUGCAGACCACCUUGCCAUUCCCAGCCCAGCCCGCGAUUCCCCUGCAGGCUCUGGGCACCUACUUCGAGGGCCUGUCUGAGAGGCUGGCCUUGGCACGGGCAGAAGGCUCCUCUGUCCCGCCCGCUGCCCACAGCUCGGCAGAGGAGGCCUCCCAGCAGAGCUGAGAGGGUGACUGGCCAGGGGUCUCUGGCUGGCAGAGAGGAAUGGGCUCCCUGAGCCAAGCCCCACCCUUUGCAGCAUUCCCAGGUUCUGAUCUCUGUACUCAGCUGUCAUUUAGUCUAGAAUCAAUUCUUCUUUCUGGGACCAAAUUGCCCUUCUCUAAAAUUCCUACUGAGAAGGCUGGGGACCCACCCCAGGGGCGCCCAGCCCAGGGAGGUGCUGGGUGAAGAGGUAUAGCCUCCAGCCAGCUAAGGACCCCAUCUUACAGUAGCCACCCCAUCUGCCACUAUCACAAACCUCCUCCCCUAUCCCUAGCCACUGCCCAGGGGACCUGCUGACAGCUGCACCUGCAGCUCCCUGGACGCCCAAAGUGCCUUUUGAACCAAACUGCCCUGGCAGUUUGGCCCGCCCAGCCUCUGCCUGCCUGAGGCCAGCUCUGUGCCCUUCCCUUCAGGGCCGUUUUACCGCAUGGGGUCUCAGCAGCAGGGAUGGAAGCUGCUGCUGCUCCAUGUGUGUCCCUGUUUUCGAGGUCCGUCCCCUCCAAGCUCGCGUGUUCCCUCCCAGCCGCACAAAUGCCUCCUGUUCAUCACAGCUUUACUCUCCAGCCCUCAGGCCACCAGACCCUUCUCUGCAUGGCCCUCGUUCUUCCUGCCCCACUCCUGCCCUCAGCAUGCCCCAGGAGUCUUCCAGAAUGUGCUUGUGCUCCACUGCUUGAGGGGUAGCCCAGGAACCUCCACUGACCCCCUGAGGUGGCAUUCCCUGGGGAGCCUCUUAGAAAUGCAGACCCAUGGGGCCAGCAGGUGGUGUGGGGGUUGAGAAGCUGGAUUCCCACAUGCCCGACUAUGGUUCAAGUCCCAGACCUGGUGGCUUGCUUUCUCACU